AUGUCUCUUUUUAAAAAUGUCUUAAAGGUUCUCUUUUACAUACUUAUAGCUAUUGGAAGUGUAAUAACAGUAUUGGACAUUUUUGGCUACAAUGUAUUUUCAUUUCUACAACCUAAAAUGUCAUUGACUACCCCAGAACUUGGAAAACUUAAUAUUGAAAGGAGUUAUAAAAUCUAUACAUCAUUGUAUCCAAAAAAAGAAAAACUAAUGAGGAAAGACUUUAAUCUAAUGAUAAAAGCUCUGAAAAUUAUUGUUGAGCUCGAUAUCAAAUCAUUGAAGCUAACUGAGAUACUAGCUACAAAAUUCGAAUCUUCCUCUGUAGCUAAUCUUACAAAUGAUGAAUUAAAAUUGAUACUUAAUGAUUUUAAAAAAACAAAUACCAUUUUAAAAACAGAAUUGUUUGUAAAAGAACUGUCAAACUAUAAUAUUUUUUUAUAUAGACCUAUAGUUAAAUUUGAUAUUAGAGAAGAUGAUUGUGUAUUAAUUGUAUAUAAAGACUACAUAACUAGAAAUGACGUGGCCUAUCAAAAAUUAAAAAAGUUGUGUGACAAAAUGGCCGAUACAGAUUUGACGAAUGCGCUAUUAAAUACAAAGGGAGUAAGUAAUACAAACAACUUUAAUUAUAUUCAGUAUAUGUUUACAAAUUGGAUAGAAUUUUUGUUGGGAAUAUCUAUUCAAAAUGGCAUUAUUAGAAUAUGA